GCCUGUAGGCUUGGCGAAGGUGAGGUGCGGGCACUGACCAGUUGCCCGCCGAGCGACUGGGUGGGGUCAGGGCGACCUUCCCGGAACGGGUGAACACGGCGCCGCCCCUCCCCAGGUGUACGCCUGCUCCCAGCCGCGCUGGCAGGGGUUCCUCAGCGGCCCUGCGCCUGGAGCGCACACAUGCUCCUAGCGGUGGCCGGGGCGCGGUGGACGUCACAGAGGGGCGACCUCACAGGCGUCCGCAUCCCCAUCCGCCGGCGCCCCCGGCCCCCAGCCAAAGAACGCACUGGAGGCGGAGGGGCAGCAGCCAGCGACCCGCGCCCCGACGACGCAGCCUCGGCCCGCAUGGGGCGCACAGGUGGCGGCGUGUUCCCCUGCUGUGGCAAGGAGGCAGUGGAGGUCCUGGAGCCCCAGAUCGACUUCAUCCACUGCAGCUUCCACCCCCAGGUGGCACAAGAGGGAGACAGGACUGCGCUGGAGACGGAAUUGCUAGCUCAGGAGCCGGAUCCAGACUCAGUCCCUGAGCUGGAGAGCCUGGAGAGGGAGCCGUCACCGCGCCCAGCUCCCUGGCCCCAGCCCGAGCCCGAGCCCGAGCCCGAGCCCGAGUCUGAGCCCGAGCCCGAGCCCGAGCCUGCCCAGGACAACUGCUGGAAGGUGACCACCCUGGUACUGUGCCAUGAAAGCUCCCUGCGGCCAGCGGCCCCCAGGCACCAGUGUGUCAGGGAGAAGGCCCCAGUGUCCCCCAAGAGCUGCUGUACCCAGACCUCCAAGCAUCUGUUCUGGGCCGACAAGCUUGUGCAGGCGUCAGACCACAGUCUGCAGAGGGCGACGGGCAGGCAGGGCAAUCAAGGCAGCACAAAGAGCACCAGGCGCCUGGGGCCGGUGUCAGAGAAGCAGCCCACGGGCCCCAGCGCCUGCCCAGCUCUCACAGCCACAAGCCCCCAGCCACCGCCAGGCCCCCGGCCACCGCCAGGCCCCCGGCCACCGCCAGGCCCCCGGCCACCGCCAGGCCCCCGGCCACCGCCAGGCCCCCAGCCACCACCAGGCCCCCAGCCACCGCCAGGCCUCCAGCCACCGCCAGGACCUCAGCCGCAAACCAUCGGGCUGGUAGAGGUGGUCCACUUUGCAACAGCCCUAGCCGUGGCCUCCUCCAGCUGCAUGGACCUGCCCAGCUUGGGACAUAAGAGCAAAGCUCCAUCCCAGGGGGCUGUGGAGCCUUCACCUAGGCCCACCCAGCCCACCUUGGACAAGGAAGAGCUGCUGGAGAAGCCACCAAAAGCUGGGGGUCAGGAAGACAAGCAUCAGCUUUUCUCUUACCUGGACUUCAGCACCCAAGGGCUCCAGAGUGCCACCAUCGAAGGGAAAGUGAAGUUUCUCCAGACCGGAGCCGAGUCCCCCCAGCUGCAGGGAGCCAACGAAGACUCGGUGCAGGGGACCAAGAAAGGGAAUCCAUUAUUGCUGAAAAUCCAUUUUAAGAUGUCGUCCUCCUCUACCCUGGAGAAGUGACUACCAGAAACAGUAAAGCCUCCAGUGCUGGCCCAGCUCCA